CGUUAUUCUUUUACUUUUCAGAUAUUUCACUGCCGUCUCACUUUAACUUAACAGUAUAUCCUGACCAAACUCCAGCACAAAAUUCGUAUCAAACAUCUACCAUCCGACAGUGUCUAGAUAAAAUUUCAAAUGGUCAAUGUGUAAGCGUCACCUGGAAGCCGUAUGUUAACCUUUGUGAUUGCUUCACAAGUGCAAAUGUAUGUGCAAUGUCAUUGGGCACUUUACAGCCGGGACAACUACUUUCAAGUGCCAUCGCUAUUCACAUUGACACCGCACAUUGUCGCCGAGAAGGUCAGCAGUGUACCAGUCCGGUGUGUGACGACAUGUGUAUUGUAGUAAACCAAAACCAUUUCUGUGGAUGCAAAACAGGGCGGCGGUUAACGAAUGGAAGUCACUGUGAAGAUACAGAUGAAUGUCAGUUUAACGCCGACUGUCAUGUUCACCAAACGUGUUUAUCAAACCACAAUUGUUAUAAUACCUGCAACCAAGGGUUCCAUCCUGUCCUAGACACAAACUCAGGAAAAAAAACAUGCAUGAGCAAAUGUGUCGUACCUGACAAUACCGUGAACGCCACGCGGGAGCAGUCAAAUGUGACUUAUGUGAAUGUUGGCGAAAAAAUCUUGUAUAACUGUAUUCCAAACUUGACACUGUCAGCUGGUAGUUUAACAAGAACAUGCAUGUUUGACUUCACGUGGACUGGAGACCCCCCAGUAUGUUUGGAGAAAAUCCAUAUACUGGCAGGUUCAUCACACAACACCAUUACUUCAGAAGAUUCCACAACACUUUCAACGGUCUACUCAUCUACUGGAAACAAUACCUCCACAGGUAUAACAGGCAUCCGUGAUACCACCACACCUAUCCAUGGAGGACGGUCCACCGAAGAUACUUUAUCAUCAGUUAUGGCCCUGGGGAUCGGGAUUGGUAUUGGAGCAUUUUUACUGAUGUUGUUGGUUAUUAUAAUUGCCCUGCUGUGUCUGCGACGGCGCAAACGAAAAAGAGACACGAAUCCUGCUGAAAAUUUAAACCUUCCUGUAACCCGAGUAGAAAAUGACUACUCUCCUUAUCAACUUGCAACAGAUUCAAAUGUGGAUAUUGCAGUGCAUCAAAGUGGCCGGCUAGGUGAAGAACCUUCCGAACAACAAAACAACAUGAUUCCUCGCUUUAAAGAGACCAUGGAACCAGCAGACACUAACGUCUACCUUGUUUCGAAUGAUAUGUACGCUUCUACGGGGGAGAGGGUGCGUAAUGGUCAGCAUAACAACUCAGAUCAGAAAGAAACUGCCGGUUUGGAGGAAUGUGUCAUGGUUGAUAACGACAUUUAUAGUGCAGAGUGAUUCCGGUGACAGAAAAAUUGACAUAGUUUACGUUUAUACAUCGUUCUUUUUGUACGUAUUUCAUGUUUUUAAAUGUUUUAAUCCUCACCUGUAAACUAUUGGCAAAAAUAGAUGUCACGCGCAGAUUGCCUAGUAGCCAAAAUGAACGAAUUUUGGUCCACAGAUGCGUGCAAUAUGGGUAAUAAGGAACAAUACAAUGUUUCUUCUAACGCUUUUCAAUGCAACCUGACCCCUAAAAAUGACUAAAUGGAGAACAAAGGGGGUGUAACAGAAAAAUAAAAAAAGUAAAAAUUCCCAACAUAUCCCCAAAAAUCUGACAUGCUAGUUAAAAAAACCAAGUCUUUGUUCUUGUACAUGACAUAUAUUUCGUCUAGCCGCCCUUUGUCGAUAUUUUUAGCAAAAUCUACAUAACA